GAAUCAUCUGGGCGGCAGCGGGCGGCCCCGGCUAGCGGCCACGAGCCGCUUCUGCGGCUGCCAAGAGGAGCGAAGGUCGCCGGUCUCGUGUUGUCCCCCUCUCCGCCCCCCAGGAGGGGCGAGAGGGAGCCGCGGCUGAUGUCAGAAAUACACUUUCGGGAAAUGGCCCCUAAAUCUUGGCUGAAUUUUUUAACCUUCCUCUGUGGAUCAGCAAUUGGAUUUGUUUUAUGUUCUCAGCUAUUUAGUAUUUUAUUAGAAGAACAAGUUGACACCCAGCCUAAUAUUCUUCAUAAUGAUCCUCAUGCUAGGCAUUCAGAUGAUAAUGGACAGAAUCAUCUAGAAGGACAGAUGAACUUCAAUGCAGAUGCUAGCCAACAUAAAGAUGAGAACACAGACGUCGCUGAAAACCUCUAUCAAAAGGUUAAAAUUCUUUGCUGGGUUAUGACAGGGCCUCAAAAUCUAGAGAAAAAGGCCAAACAUGUCAAAGCUACAUGGGCCCAGCGUUGUAAUAAAGUGUUGUUUAUGAGUUCAGAAGAAAAUAAAGACUUCCCUGCUGUGGGAUUGAAAACCAGAGAAGGCAGAGACCAACUAUACUGGAAAACAAUUAAAGCUUUUCAGUAUGUUCACGAUCAUUAUUUAGAAGAUGCUGAUUGGUUUAUGAAAGCAGAUGAUGAUACGUAUGUUAUACUAGACAAUUUGAGAUGGCUUCUCUCAAAAUACAAUCCUGAAGAACCCAUUUACUUUGGGAGAAGAUUUAAGCCCUUUGUAAAGCAGGGCUACAUGAGUGGAGGAGCAGGAUAUGUACUGAGCAAAGAAGCCUUGAAGAGAUUUGUUGAUGCAUUUAAAACAGACAAAUGUACACAUAGCUCCUCCAUUGAAGAUUUAGCACUGGGGAGAUGCAUGGAAAUUGUAAAUGUAGAAGCAGGAGAUUCCAGAGAUCCCACUGGAAAAGAAACUUUUCAUCCCUUUGUACCUGAACAUCACUUAAUCAAGAGUUAUCUACCUAGAACCUUUUGGUACUGGAAUUAUAACUAUUAUCCUACUGUAGAGGGUCCUGGUUGCUGUUCUGAUCUUGCAGUUUCUUUUCACUAUGUUGAUCCUACAACUAUGUAUGAGUUAGAAUACCUCGUUUAUCAUCUUCGUCCAUAUGGUUAUUUAUACAGAUAUCAACCUGCCUUACCUGAGAAUAUACUAAAGGAAAUAAGUCGAGAAUACAAAAAAGAAGAUCCAAAAGUGAAAUUGGAAAACCUCGAAAGAAAAACAAAUGAACAGAGGUAAAAUGUCUAGCACUGCACUGAAGAAGAACUUCUGCAUUUCUGAUAUAGAACACUGGAAUCUCAGUGAGGAAUUCUAAGUGAACAUUCCGUAUUAGAGAUCUUUCAUAUGAAUGACUGUAAACUGAAGCUUUAAGUGAGCUGUGAAGUCUGUUAAAAUGUUUUGAUACAGUAAUAUAUAUAUGAAAAAUAUGUGUUUUUAAAAUGGUGGCCAGGCAGAGGGACUAGAAAAGAGAUUUUGUUGCCUGUUCCUGACCACAUGUAUUAUUGUCACUGAGAAACUAAAACAGUUAAAUUUGCUAAAACUACACUGCACCAUGUUAGUAACACACACAUGAUGCUAAACAGAUCUGCCUUAAAGAAAAUUUUAGAAGGAAAUACUGUUGCUCGGUGUUGUUCAUAAACUCAAGACAUGAGUUUAUAUUUACAGUGUGAUAUAAAUGAACCAAACUCCUCCCACAUUCACAUGCAGUUUUUGUCUAAUGAAAAUUUAGCUGUUCAUGAUUGGCAGUAUUUCUUCCAGAAGAAGGUAGACUAAGAAUGGCACGUGUCCUAAAGUGCAUUAAUAAAACCACAUUUUGAAAUU